AAUUCUGUUAAAGAUGUAACUUACCGCGACGAUUGAGUGUUGCACCCGUUGGUCACUACACAUUCCAGAGGAAACGACUGCCUUGAUCAUCCUUCUCCUAUUCUCAGUCUUCUGGCCAUCGUGGAUGGUGCAGGACAUCGGAGCAGCGUCGUUGCUGCUGACUGAUAUCAACGAGACUUACAGCGACUCAGGCUCGGGGAGUACCCUCACUGCUGGACGCAUGACGGACAUGUCGACGCACCAACGACACAGCAUCGAGUUCUAUCUCUACGUGUUCCUGGGCGUCGUCAUCGCGCUGGCUGGUGGAUCCGUGAUGCUUUACUGUCUCCACCAGCGUCGGAUGCAGCGAUUCGAGCACCACGACAACGCCAACAACAACAUGCAGCGACAUUUACUCGAGGACAGUAUCAUCCAGGAUGGACAGGAAGAGUGGCAGUGUUCUGUGUGCUAUCAUGAAAACCAUCCUGCCAAAAGGGAGUGCCUCAUGUGCGGUACUCCGGAAGGUACGGCAACGGCGGAGACCUUUGUGAUUCUUGUGUUAAUAAUUGUUUAUUUAAUUCAGUUAUCUCACAAGGAGUGGCGAUGUUGCCGCCACCUAUUGGCAAGCAACCGAGAAAGUCCUUCCAGCUGCUCACAAGCGAGUCGACAGAGUCACAGGCGGAGCUCGCAGCACGGAAUCGUUCAUUCCAUGUUCGACGUCUCAAUGAGAUGAAUCUAAACCAAAGACAGCGAGGCGCACGACGACGCCACUUGUGGCAGCGUGAGAGAACAUCUGAUGGUCAGUUCCGCUGGGUUCGAGUAGGCCAUUGCCAACCAUCUCGGAUCAGUCAGUUAGCCUCGAAUAUCCGUGCAAGUUUACCUACUUCACUGCUACCUGCAGCUGGGACGGAGAACGAGCGAGUGUCGGCGCCUGCAGCCUACACUUUUGAUGAAGAAUCUCAUAGUCCUACCAGCCCGAUAUCACUCACAAGGACUAGCCAAGGACUCAACAGGGAAGACCUGGGCGUGGAAACGGAGCUAACUAUGGUUGAGUCUACACAUGCUGACGGGGCCUAUUCACCUGCCAUCCGCAAGAACGUCCGCGGUUGUCGAAGUCCAGUCAACUGCGACGAUCUCACAGCAUCAGCAGUAAGCACAGACGACGGACUGAUAGCUCAGCCGUCCGUCGGCUACGUACGACACGUGAACGAACACGGUCAUGCUGAAUGGGUGGCUGCAGACUCGCUGGUACAUGAGCGAGCGGCAAUGACGGCGAUCGAUAUUGAGGAAUUCCCACGAGCCACCAGCUACAUCGACUUCGAAUCGGUCGCAGCUCUCCCAUUCAAGGCAAAGGUGCGCUGGUUUCUCAAAGAACUGGGCAAGGUAGCUGUCCCAUGGGAUGAAGGUCAUUUGCUCUUAAAAAUCCGUCGUGAAGCAGUGUUGAGUGAGUCCAUGCACUUGCUCAUGCUGGUCCCAGCUGCUGAUCUUAGACAGCGUUUGCGGAUCGAGUUCAUCGAUGAACCCGGGUUAGAUGCAGGCGGUCUGUUACGCGAGUGGGUUCUGCUUCUGUGCGAGCAGCUCUUUGACGAGAGCUAUGGACUAUUCCAGCGGACACACGCCGAUCAAUCUGGCUACUGGAUCAACCCGAACUCCCGUGACAUCCACCGCGAUCACCUGCAUUGCUUCCAGUUCGUUGGCCGAUUACUGGCGAAAUGUCUGCUGGAAGGACAGUUAUUGACGGUGCAUCUAGCACUGCCGCUGCUCAAGCACCUGCUGGGCGUGCCAAUCUCCUUCUCUGACCUCGAAUUCCUGGACGCAGAGCUCCAUCGUCAUGCUCUGUGGCUUAGAGAAAAUGAGGGAGUCGAAGCGCUAGCACUUGACUUCACAGCGCAGCGACAGGGAACUGAUGGAGCCAUCAUCACGGAGGAGCUCAAACCAGGCGGCAAAGAUAUUCCUGUGACGGACGCCAAUAAGGAAGAGUAUCUGACGCUGCUGCUCAAGCACAAGAUGUUUGGCGCGGUACGUGAGCAGCUCGAGGCAAUGCUUCAAGGGCUGUACGACGUUCUGCCACGCACACUUCUGGCGGUUUUCGACUACCAAGAACUGGAGCUGCUUGUGUGUGGAGUACCGUCAAUCGAUAUGGCCGACUGGGAAUCUCACACCGACGUCCGCUACAUGCGUGCCGAGCAGGGGCUUAACAGACCGGCGGCCUCAGAACGCCAAGUCGUCAAGUGGUUCUGGGAAGCUGUGCGUGCUUUCUCGCAGGAGGAACGUGCUCGUCUUCUCCAGUUCGUUACCGGUACAUCUCGAGUGCCAGCUGAAGGAUUCCGAGCACUACUAAGCCACGACGGCCGCAUCCGCCGCUUUGGGCUUCAGAUGGUGGCAAUUGGAGCUCCUCCAGCUGGACUCUACCCGAAAGCUCACACGUGCUUCAACCGCCUGGACCUGCCUGUCUAUCGCUCUUACGAAGAGCUUGUCACGUACCUUACGCUCGUCAUUAACAUGGAGAUCACCGGAUUCACCAUGCAGUAAAAGAAAAACAAAUAUUUCCAGCCCAUGUCGAGAUGAACGUACAUGUAUCGAUAUAUCUAUAUGCUGUGCCAUUCGCAGCUGCUUAGUUGUUGACCGAGAACUUGUGGCCGC